AUGAAUAUUUUUCCUAAAUUAUGGGCAAACUCCCUUCUUUUUCCACUCGCCCGUUCUCAGUCUGUACAGACUAGCAGCUUCUUGGUAUUUAAUAUUUAUCCUCGUGAUUGAUUUCCAUUAGAUAUGACCAAGUCAACUCUAGUCUUGAUGGGUUGACAAAUGAUCGGAUAUAAAAAGACCGUCUCACCCCCCUCUCUCUCUCUCCAAAAAACACUAAUCUCUCUCUAGAUGCCAGCUGUUCGUCAUCAUAUUUUCCAAACUUAAUUAUUUAGGAUCCGAUAUGUAUUUUGCUCGUGAUAUUAUUCUUUGAUACUUUUCGUUUCACUUUGUUUCAAUGACCUGAUAUGAUGCCCAAAGAUUCACCACUGUAUUAAUAAUAUAUAAUUUAUAUAGAAUAAUUCGUGAAUAAAAACAUAUUUACCUUGAACUAGAAAGUACUCUACCUAGUACGAUGUAGAAACAAUCGAAGUAAAUAUUAUCUCAAGGUCCAACAUGUUAUUUUAAAUUAUAUCGAACGAUGCUAUUUAUUUGUUUUAAAUAAUAAUAUUAAACGAUUUUUUAUAAAAAAGAAAAUAAUUUGAAAAUGGGUCCUCAUAAUUAACACAGAACUAAUCGAGGUGAGGGACCGAAUACUAUGGCUAGCAUGAUUUGUGGGUACAUAAGAGAGUUUCUAAAAAAUAAAGGGGCAUAUCUAAAAAAUAAAGGGGCAUAAUUAACACAGAACUAAGCUGUUGACUAUAGUGAAUAAAACUUCUUCGAAAAUAACGAAGGUUUGAUGCGAACAGUCGAUAUCAGAAGCGCGAGUAAGUAGUCACAAGGGCUAAUAACAAAAUAUAUUUUAUGGAGGAGAAAAUGGUGAAGUAUUUAGUUCCGGUCUGUAAGACCUAAACAAAGCGAGCGCUCACCGUCCGACCUGCAUCCAGCCUCUUCCCCGCCUCGUCGGUCUCAGCUCAAUGGACACCAUACUGGUGAGAAUGGCAGCGAGCGGGCAAACUGCGUCGAAAUUCGGUUUGCGCGUCUCGUUUCGUGACUUCUACUCUGCUUUCUGUGCGUCUUUGUUUCACAGAGCAAGAUAGGAGUGAGAAAGAAGGAGAGGGGAGGGGCCGAGCCGCUGCUGCCGGAUUUCUGGUUUGAGACCGUCGACUCGGUCAAGCAGGAGUGCAGGUUCGACGCCCUCGGUCGCCUUUCGGUAAGUUCCGUCUUUAGUUUCUUCUUAUCCAAGUAUUUUCUAGUUCGGAGAACAGGCUCUCUUGUUUGCGGUUGGGGUCAGUUCCAUUUUCGGUUUCCUAAUUUUUUUGUUCCUCUGUGUUUCUAAUUUUCCUGGUAUAACCUUCAUCUUUCAAUCUAAAGACCGAUGGCUCGAUUUUUCCAGUUCGCGUUUGUUUUAGUCGUGGAGUUGAGCCCGAUAUGUUCAAAAUCCCGUUGAAUUAGUUUCUCAUGAGUUUUUUCUUCGAAGUAACUUCCAAUCUGAACUCCCCAUCGUCCGGGUUCUCUCUCUCUCUCUCUCUCUCUCUCUCUAUCUAUCUAUCUCUAUCUCCCUUUGUUGUUGAAAUUUUCAUGUUUUGGCAUCCUAGAGCUUAUCCUACUAUCAAUUGUGAUUGUAAUUUCAUCGCUCUUGCACAAUUUGUUUUUUGGAUUCUUUGUGGCUGUGAAGUGAUACUUCGAUUAUUAUUAUAAUAUUGGACUGGACUCAUGUACUACUUAGCACACUUUGGUAUCAAGUGUCAUCUCAUGCAUUAUGCCAUUUAUUUAGCACUUUGGUAUCUGAAACAUUCAAGACAUUAGCUUGAGGAUUCCCAUUGAAACAACGCCUGGCUCAGGAUUUCUGGACAUUAUAUUCUUCUUUAUUGGUCAUGCCGGAUUUUGAGUUGUAGAGCUAGAUUUUCUUGGCUGAACCCAGCUGAUACUUUUGCAUAUACUUACUAAUGUGAAGCAAUGGAUUUGACGCAGGUGAACGUGGUUCAUGAUUUCAGGCCUGUAUACCGUAGAGUGGUCGAUUCUUUCUUCAAUAAAUUUUUCCCCUCUGGGUAUCCCUAUAGGUACAUGCCUAUCCUACUCACUGUUUCAUCGCUAAAUAGGAAAAAGAUGGUGGAAUUGAGAGUACAUCACUGAGCUAUCUACAUUUUAUUUAUUCUGCAGUGUUAAUGAGGGAUACCUGACAUAUACACAGUUCCGGGCACUGCAGCAUUUUUCCAGUGCGACAUUAUCCGUGCUGUCUACUCAGGUCUUGGUGUUUUCCUUUUUGCAUCUCAGCCAGCGUUGUGGAGGAAGAUACUCCCUUGAUGCGCGGGGAUAAUUCUCUAUUUAAAUCAAAAUUCAUUUUUUUUUCGAAAUAUAUCCUGAAGUCGUUCCAUUUUAUGUUUUAUAUACAACGAUUCUCUAUCGCGUUUAGAUGGAGAUAUGGGUCGUUUUUGGGUGAGUCAUUGACACCAUUCUUAUAGUUCCGCAGUCGCUGUUGUUUGCUGCGGGAUUGAGACCAACCCCGGCGCAGACAACGGCUGUAAGCUGGGUAAGAACAGUUCUUGCCUUCGUGAAGUUGAUGAUCUGCGCUGUUCAAGAAUUGUUCUGAAUCUUUCUUCAUGCUGCCACAGGUAUUGAAGGAUGGGAUGCAGCAUGCGGGAAAGCUAAUAUGCAGCAAAAUGGGCGCGAGAAUGGAUUCUGAACCAAAAAGUUGGAGGAUAUUUGGUGAGAUUUGUCGUGGGCUUACCCGCGAUUGCUCUCCUUGGAAUUAGAUAUCAUCUACUCUCCCCUGGAAAAUCAUUUUUUAGCUCAUCAUAAGUUGCUCAUCAUCUUGCAGCCGACGUACUAUAUGAUUUUGGCACCGGGCUGGAAAUAUUUUCUCCUUUAUGUCCUCAUCUUUUCCUCGAAGUGGCUGGCUUGGGCAAUUUCGCAAAGGUGCCAAUAUUUCUCUUGAUGUCGAGAUAUUUCUGCCUGGUCCUGGGAAAGCCCGCUGAUUCUGGAUACCCUCUCUUUCUCCUCCCUGCAGGGGAUGGCAGUCGUCGCCGCAAGGGCAACGAGGUUGCCCAUAUACUCUUCGUUCGCCAAAGAGGGCAAUCUCAGUGAUCUUUUUGCCAAAGGGGAAGCCAUAUCGACCCUCUUCAAUGUUCUUGGAAUUGGACUCGGCAUCCAGCUAGCUUCUACCGUUUGUUCAUCGAUUCAAGGGAAGGUGCGCGAGCUAUAGCAUCAUGUUGGAGUUGACCUUGUUCCUUUCCCCACUCUUUGCGCUGACUUCAGAACCUUAUUUCCCCACGUAUUCAUCAAGGUUUAGCUCUUAUGAUCCUUUGAUUCACGCUCUUGUGCGCAUCAGAGAAAGUGGAAUCAGACUUGGAGAAGUGGACAGCUCACCGAGUGAUUGCAACAAUUUAGAACCGUUGACCCACGCUUCAUGAUAUGUUGUUGGUUCUAGCUGACACUUUUGUCGGAAUUCUUCCAGAUGAUCGUCGGGCCUGUGCUCUCUGCUGUACAUUUAUACGGCGUGACCCAAGAGAUGCGAGCAACCCCAGUGAACACGCUGAACCCGCAGCGAACCGCCAUGAUCGUGGCUGACUUCCUCAAGGUGCCGAAUUCUAACUUCAACCCCUAGCACAUCUUCUCACUUCCGUGCUCUCCGAUUCCCUCCAAUGUUUGACAUUUUGAUCCUAAAACCCAGAUCGGAAGCGUAUCGAGCCCCGCUGACCUGAGAUACCGUGAAGAUCUCCUCUUCCCGGGUCGCAUUAUCGAGGAUGCCGGAAAUGUGAAGGUGGGGAGGCCGCUCCACAGGAUCUUCAAGGGGCCUUCGAAACUCAAGCAGGCCAGGGAGAUGUUCCCCAAGGAGAAGUUCCUCAUCAGCUGCGAAGGGGAGUUGACCGACAUGAUCCUCGAGCAUGGGGCCUCUGGUGAGGACGCCCUGAGGGGCUGGCUGGUGGCUGCCUGCGCCGCCAGCAUGGAGAAGUCGGGUGGCGGGCCGAGGGAGGCGGCCAUGGCCAAGGCCCACCAGCGGAUGGAGGCCCUGUUCCCUUUGUUCAUAUCGCAGGUGAGGGCAAGAGGAUGGCACACCGACCGGUUCCUGGAUGGCAGGGGAUGCCGCUUCUCGUUCUAG